CCCAUUACCGAUCGUCUAACCCAUUUCACGUGUUUUUCACAUAUUCACCUCUCAUUAAGGUAAAGUGUUCACUGGAUCGUGUAUUAAUUAGAAUAAUGGUAUAAAUACGAAAGCUCAGAAGCUUUCAGCACAUUCCUCGCUUAUCUGUCGCAACGAUCAGCACGAAAACCCUAAAAACGAAUACUAAGAUGAAGGUCCAGUUUUCUUUGUUCUUCGUAGUAGUUGUGUUCUUUGUGUCAGUAUAUUGCCAGUCUGAGGAUACUCCUCAGGUUUACUGUGGUAGGAGACUUGCUCAAACGAUGGCUGUGCUGUGUUAUCAGAAAUAUUCAAAGAGAUCAGACUACAACUCCAUCCACAUGGGCUACGAGCCAGAGUUCAGCUGGCCCUGGCUAUCCCGAAGCCUAGACCGCCACAGGGACCAGGGCCUGCCCAGAGACAUGAGCCGAGGCAAACGAGGCAUCAUCGAGGAGUGCUGUGAGAACUCCUGCUCCAUUCCAACACUGAUGAGUUACUGCUAAUUUGACGGACU